GCGAGGGGACGGGGCGGGCGGCUCCGGCGUCGCGGCGGGAUCGGCCGCUGUCCCCGUCCCGGCGUCGCGGCCCCGCCGUCGCCCCGCGCGGCCGCCGGGAUGCUGCCCGUGGUGGCCGGGCUGCUGCUCGCCGUGGCCGCGGGCGGCCGAGGGGCGGCGGGGGAGCGGGAGAGCCCCCCGGGCAGCCGCUUCGUCUGCACCUCGAUGCCGCUGGACGCCGUCGGCUCCGGCUGCCCGCUGCCCCCGAUGCCCGCGCAGGGCGGCUCGCCGCCCCCCGAGGAGGAGCUGAAGGCCACGGUGCUGCAGCUGCGGGAGACGGUCCUGCAGCAGAAGGAGACCAUCGGCAGCCAGCGGGAGGCCAUCCGCGAGCUCACCGGCAAGCUGAGCCGCUGCGAGGUGACCGACGGCAAGGGGCCGUGGAAGAAGGAGAAGGGCAAGGAUACGAUGGGCGACCUGCCGCGGGACCCGGCGCAGGUCAUCGACCAGCUGAGCCGCACCAUGCAGACUCUGAAGGACCGCCUGGAGAGUCUGGAGCACCAGCUCCGAGCCAAUGUGUCGUACGCAGCACUACCCAAUGACCUGAGGGAGAUGCUCCAGCGGAGGCUUGGAGACCUGGAACGCCAGCUGCUGAGCAAGGUGGCUGAGCUUGAGGAUGAAAAAUCUUUGCUUCAUAAUGAGACGUCAGCCCAUCGGCAGAAGACAGAGACAGCCUUGAAUGCAUUGCUAGAAAGAGUGUCUGAAUUAGAAAAAGGUAACAGUGCGUUUAAAUCACCUGAUGAGUUCAAAGUGUCCCUUCCUCUUCGCACUAACUACUUGUAUGGGAAGAUCAAGAAGACUCUGCCAGAGCUGUAUGCUUUCACUGUGUGUUUAUGGCUGAGAUCAAGUGCUUCUCCUGGAAUUGGCACCCCUUUCUCAUAUGCUGUUCCUGGUCAAGCUAAUGAAAUUGUCCUCAUAGAAUGGGGGAAUAAUCCGAUCGAACUGCUAAUUAAUGAUAAGGUUGCCCAGCUUCCUCUCUUCAUUAGUGAUGGAAAAUGGCAUCAUAUCUGUAUCACGUGGACAACAAGAGAUGGGAUGUGGGAGGCUUUUCAGGAUGGAGAGAAGCUUGGCACUGGAGAGAAUCUUGCCCCUUGGCACCCAAUUAAACCUGGAGGUGUCUUGAUCCUGGGUCAGGAGCAGGACACAGUUGGAGGAAGAUUUGAUGCAACUCAAGCCUUCGUUGGGGAGAUGAGCCAGUUCAAUAUAUGGGACAGGGUCUUAAAAGCUGAAGACAUCAUGAAUAUUGCUAACUGCUCUACCAACAUGCCUGGCAACAUCAUCCCCUGGGUUGACAACAACGUGGAUGUGUUUGGAGGUGCAACUAAGUGGCCUGUGGAGACGUGUGAAGAGCGUCUGCUAGAUUUGUAGCUGCAAGUGUUUCCCAUCAAGUGCCCCCUUUUAGUAGGACAAUCUCCUGUGCAAUCUAAAGCACUGAUUUUUCUCUCUGCCCUUCCGUAACUCCUCAGAAAUAGAAAAUAAAGAAAUUGAGUAAAUGGCCUCAGUGCAAAAAAUAACAAUAACAAAAAGCUGUUAGGCUUGGGGCACUGAGCCUGACAGUGGAAGAAGUACUUGUUGGUUAGAGCAUCCCUUCCUUCCCUGUGGCCUGAUCCAAAAACACGCUUUGGGCUGAGCUGCUGUUGGGUCAGGCCCUGCUGCAGGGCAGCAGUUCUGGUGGGGCUGAGGAGCAGCCUUGCACUUUGGUCGUCCUUUUGGUAACGUGCAGUCUGACAAAGCACUGAGAUUAACAGGCUAAACGGGAGCCCUUCCUUCCAGUCUAUUGUCUCCCCUUUGAAUUGAAGCCAUUCUUUUUUAGCCCUUUUUAAAGAAAUCACCUAAUCCUUAUAUUUCAGUGAUUACGUGCAACUGUGAGUAGAGCAGAACAGCCACUGUCUGAGUGCAACAGUCUCGCUUCUUCAUUUUCAGAUCAGAAAUCUUUACUUUAUGAUAAGGAGGCAAUGUUAUCUGACUAAUGCAGUUCUAGUUCAAUGUGAAGAUAGGGCUGUGGCCAGCGUAGCUCUGUGGAAGCAGAGAAGCUGUAGGUGGGCUCUGUCCCGGAGCCUGUCUUUCCCUGGCCAGGAUCCCAGGAGAGAUGUUAGGCAAAGGGCUGUGUUUGUACUUUCUGUAGGUUGAAUGUACUGAAUUUGCAGUGACCUGGCCUGUAAACUUUUCUCUAUUGUUUCUCUUGCUUCAUUCCUUGUCUUUUUUGAUUUAUUAUUAUUAUUUUUUUAAAAUAUACAAGCUGUGAAUAAGUGAAUUUCUGUUUUGUUUUGCUUUGAAAGGCCUUUUUAUGAGCAAGUGCCAAAGUUCAGUUUCUGCUUGCUGAGAAUCACUAUAUUUUUCCAACAUGAGUCUUCUGCACUGUUUUCUAUGUUAUUAUGAUGGUCCGAUGUAAAAUGUGCUGGUUUUUCAAUUCUUGCUGACUGUCUCUUUUGUAAGCACUGGGCUGGAUGCAAUAUCUUUUAUUUUCUCUAAAUACUUUGCAAACAGCGUUGCUAUUUCCUCAGCAUCGAUGUGACUGCUUAGUUUGUGGCUCGCAGAUAGCAAAUGCACCAUACUGGGAAAGAGUUAAUACUUUUGUUAUUGAAAAGAACAAAUAAUUUAAGAGGGUGGGGGUAUUUAUAUAGCUAAAUAUCAUACUUUAUUUUUCAUAUGUUUGAACUGUAAGAAUAAGAUGGUGACGGUCCCAUUUGUAGGCUGAAGUUACAUAUUUCCAUUAAUAUGUAGUAUGCUGUUCUUAAAGAAAAAAAAACCACAACAAAAACAACCAACUUUUAAUUAAAAUGCAAUGUAAAACGAGUCUCUUAA